AUGGAUGAGGAUGGACUGUCAGUCAGCUGUGGCAACGGCAAACUCAGACAGUGGCUGAUUGACCAAAUUGACAGCAAGAGGUAUCCAGGCCUGGUUUGGGAAAAUGAUGAAAAAACCAUCUUUCGUAUUCCAUGGAAACACGCUGGGAAGCAGGAUUACAACCGGGACGAGGACGCCGCCCUGUUUAAGGCAUGGGCUCUGUUCAAAGGUAAAUUUAAGGAAGGUGUGGAUAAGCCAGAUCCACCGACUUGGAAAACCAGGCUUCGCUGUGCUCUCAAUAAAAGUAACGACUUUGAUGAGUUGGUAGAAAAGAGCCAACUGGACAUCUCGGAACCCUACAAAGUCUACAGAAUCAUUCCGGAGGCAGCAAAGAGGGGAAUGAAAAUGAGCAACCCAGAGGAGAGUUCACAUCUUGGCUAUUACCCCCCAUAUUCCGCAUUACAAAAUCAGGUGUCCGGUUACAUGGAGCGCAGAGAUUGGAGAGACUUUCCCCCCACGGAUCAACAGCCUCUUCCUCCCUCUCAUCAUCAUCACCCAGAGCUGCAGUAUCACUACCCCUCAGCCCUCAGCCGGCCCUGGCCCACCACACACGCAGAGAACGGUUUCCAGCUCUCGUUCCACACCUACCUGUCAGAAUCCCAGGCACCAUUCUAUGCAAUGGACCCAAACUCCAUCACUGACUUCAGCCUCCACGUGUCCCUGUUCUACCGAGAGUCUCUGGUCAAAGAAGUGACCACGACGAGCCCCAAAGGCUGCUGCAUCUCCUCCUCGGCCCCCUCCACGUUGCCCUCCUCGUCCCCGCGGCCGGACGAAGCUCUCCCUGUGGCUCCGGAGCACAUCCUCUUCCCUUUCCCUUUCCCUGAGUCCCACCGACAGGGGGCGGAGCUGCUCCCCAACGUCCUGGAGAGAGGGGUGCAGCUGUGGUUGAGUCCCGAGGGUCUGUUCGCCAAACGCCUGUGCCAGAGUCGGGUGUACUGGGAAGGACCCCUGGCUCUGUACGCAGACAAACCCAACAAGCUGGAGAAGGAGCAGCCCUGCAAGCUCUUUGACACGCAGCAGUUUCUGAUCGAGCUUCAAGAGUAUGUGCACAAUGGCCGAGCACCACCGCGGCACCAGGUGGUCUUGUGCUUUGGGGAUGAAUACCCGGACCCCCAGCGCAGCAGGAAGAUGAUCACUGCACAGGUGGAGCCAGUAUUUGCCAGAAAGCUUCUCUUCUACUAUCAGCAGAACAACGGCCACUACCUUCGGACCUACGAGCACAGCCAGCACCCCAACCUCUCCCCCACCCCAGACUACAUUUCCCAGAGGCCUUUGCAGCAUAUCCAGGAAUAA